UACAGAGUGAGAGAGACACCGAUUCAGGAAGAGAGAGAAGAAGAAAAGGGGAAAUGGGGAAAACUCCUCGGCCUGAAAAGGGCCAGGAAAGGAGUUGGAGAUGUUGUGUAACUGGGGAAGAGCCAGCAGAGCACUGGAGUCCCACCCUCGCUCUCACACACAAAGCGGGGACAGACUAAGGGACGAGCUGACAGGGUGCCAACAAUGCCUGGCUGGAGCAUGUGCUCCGCUCUCUGCAUCCUCAUUGUGCUGCUACCAGAGGCCAAAGCAGACGACGUAAACAACACCCACCACAGUGGUGGUGGUGGUUCUCAGUGUGGGGAGUACACUAACCAGGUGAUGGACAAUGGGAUGUGUCGUCUGGUUGCCAUGCUGCCUCAGCUGGACGAGCAGAGGUGCCCGGAUAUGUUCCGCUGCACGGAUGAAGUUUCCUACUGGCUGCACGAGAACGAGGAGAGGAAACAGCAGAUGGUGGCGCUGAAGGAGAUGAUCUCCGUGCUGCAGGAGGAGCUGAGGAACCACCGUCAUCGCAUCAAGGUCCUUGAGCUGCAGAGCGAGGAGAGAAACCACUUGAACAUCUCCUUGGAACAGCGUUUACAUGAGCUGGAGGUGAACUACGCUGAGGCCACCACCCUGCUGCACCUCCAGGGCACCCUGAUCUUGGACCUACAAAACCAAGUCCACAAUCUGACACUUUUGGUGAAUAAGGUAAAAAGAAAUCCCGGUUGUUUCAUCAACAUUGUUCGUCCCAACCCUCUCAUGAGCGCUCAAGAAGCCCUGCACCCAGAGCAUCAGCAUGUGAGGAACUGUCCCGUAGACUGUGCUUCUAUCUACUACAAUGGAGUGAGGAGAUCAGGCCUGUACACAGUGGUGCCGUCACUGGCAGGCAUGCCUGUGGAGGUUUACUGUGAUAUGGACACAGAUGGUGGAGGCUGGACUGUGAUCCAGCGGCGAGUCGAUGGCUCAGUGAGCUUCGACCGCAGCUGGGGGGAAUACAGGGACGGCUUUGGUGAUCUGCACUCCGAGUUCUGGCUGGGCAACGACCACAUACAUGAGCUGAGCACACAGGGAGAUUACACCCUCCGCAUUAACCUGGAGGACUGGAGCAACAAGCACAAGCACGCCCUCUACCGGAGCUUCAGUGUGGAGGAUGAGGAGCACCAGUACCGUCUCCAUGUGUCAGGCUUCAGCGGCACAGCGCACGACUCUUUCAGCUGGUACCAUGACAAACAGGACUUCAGUACACCAGACAGUGGAAACAUCUGUGCUGAGAUCUCCCACGGCGGUUGGUGGUAUAACCAGUGUUUCUACGCCAACCUCAACGGCGUCUACUACAGGGGAGGCCAUUAUGCCCCUAAAAGCCGGGGGCCGCUGGGGCCUGACGGGAUUGUUUGGCACUCCUGGAAAGACUCUGAUUAUUACUCUCUACGCAAAGUCACCAUGAUGAUCCGACCAAACGGCUUCCGAACCCGAUUGUCACCAUGAGCUGCUGUUCCCUUGGCAACGGUUGACAUGCACCAAAAAAACCCUUUGACAAUGAAACUGCACACCGUUGGGACACCGCACCGACGGCGACACACAGUAAUUGACAGCACUUCAAGUUAAUGGCAGCGGAUUUGUAGUGAGUUAAGCAUCAGGCUAACCUGUGGGAAUGACAUCUCUGCAGCUAUGUCUGAACUGACAUCAUAAUGCAAAUAUGCACCAUUUUCUGCUGCAUAUUUUGGACUCAAAGUUUUAACUUUAGAGGUUUUUUUUGGGAGCCGUUUCUUAUUUUGUACAUAUAAUUUUUUUACCUUUAGUUUGAUAUAAUACAUACUGUGUAUACCAUUCAUAACAAAAAGGCAGAUUCUGUAUGAUUUGUAUGACAGUGUUAUGAUGUGUUAGCACUGAGAUCUUGUAAGACGAGCGUUUAAUGAACACUUUGCACAAGUUGGUGUUACAUUAUCUACAUUAUGCUGCAUUUUGAAUUUCAGCCAACUUUGAAUUGAAUGAAACGUGUACACUUAAUUUAAACAAGUGUUAAUUUAAACAAUUUCGAGUGUCCAAUUCACCUAAUCCCCACAUUGCAUGUU